AUGAGGGAUUCGAAUACAACUAUGAAAAACAGAAGCAAAGAGCCAGCAACUGCCACGGCAACGACUCCAUUAACUGGACCCGAUCCAGCAGCAAGACGACUCGCUUUCUACCAUGAACUUGACAAGUGGCAGCAGGAUAACCACUUUAUCAAGUCGGGCUACGUAAAAGAGACAUCUUCGUAUUGGGCCAGUUUCAAAUCGUUGGGGUAUUUGCAUAACGAAACCGUCAAUAUCUACUCCCACUUGCUUCCAUCGAGCAUUUCCUUCUGGGUGAUACUAUACUAUAUAAAUUUCCGAUUGACCAUGUACGAUAACUACUUGGGCAUCUGGGAAAAGCUCAAUUUUCUCCAGUUUGCCUUGGCAUGCACAUUCUGCUUGUUUAUGUCUUCGAUAUUUCAUUGCAUGAAGUCCCAUUCUCAUAAAGUCAGUCGCUUUGGGAACCAGCUAGAUUACUUUGGCAUCAUCAUUUUGAUCUCGUCCUCUUUGAUAUCAAUCAUCUUAUUUGCAUACUAUGACUUCCCACUUCAGAAGUGGGUCUUUAUUGCAUUGACGUUGGUUUUCGGAACCACCUGUACUGUGUUUACGUUGCAUCCAGAAUUCUCCAAGAACUACUACCGCCCUUUCAGGUCAGCCAUGUUUAUCUUGUUUGGCCUUUCUGGGGUCUUGCCUGUUGCAAAUGCAAUACGCAUGUUUGGAUUCGAGACUACAAAAGCGAGGUGUGGCAUGGUAUGGUUAAUUUUGGAAGGAGUGUUUUACAUUCUCGGUGCCGUUCUCUAUGCAAUGAGAUUUCCCGAGAGCUUGGGCCAUUUGGACUCAGAAGAGUACUUGUUUUCGCCAGGAAGAUUUGACAUUUUCGGACACUCGCACCAAAUCUUCCACGUUCUUGUCGUGGUGGCUGCCUUUUGCCAUUGGAAAGCUCUAGUGGAGUGUUACCACUACUUGCACCAGAGCAUCUUAUAG